CUAUAUCCUACGCCUCUUUAUACCAUUCUUCCAUUUUAUAUUCUUCUUGCCCCUUCCAAUGUGUUCUAUCGUGUUUUAUGUGUUCUGUUUUCUUCCUACCUUCUCAACAGGUUAUUGACUUUAAUCAAUAUAGAUCUAUAUAUCCUCUGGGUUGACAUCGUGAUUCACAGCGAUGGAGGGCAGCUUGCUCCCGAGAAAGCAUGGAUCGAACUGGGGUGCGACGGUCCCCAGGCCAGGGAUUGUUGCAAAGUCGGGCUUUCUGGUGCAGAAAAAGCAGCCCAAGGCAGAGCAGCACAUGGUGUACUUUACACUGGCGUAACUUACAGUGGCUUCCUCUAUGCCAGCUUCUCAUGCACAGAAUUGUUUCCUUGGAGCGAUUAUUGCAGCCACGGCCUCAAACGAAUGGAAAGUGACGAGCAGGGCUUCGUCUGUGAUCACAGCGACGUGGGUCUUCCAGGGUCUCUGGAUGAACUGUGCAGGAAACGCUCUGGGUGCUUUUCACUGCAGACCUCACCUGACCAUCUUCAAAAUAGAGAGUUACAUCCAAGCCUGUCGAGGACUCAUGAUUGCCGCUGUCUGCCUUGGAUUCUUUGGCUCCAUCUUUGCACUGGUUGGGAUGAAGUGUACGAAAAUUGGAGGCUCGGACCAGACGAAAGCUAAAAUUGCCUGUUUAGCUGGCUUUAUUUUCAUACUGUGCGGGCUCUGUGCUAUGGCUGGUUGCUCCCUGUAUGCAAAUAGAAUUACGGCGGAAUUCUUUGAUCCCACAUAUAUUGCCCAAAAGUAUGAAUUAGGAGCGGCUUUGUUCAUUGGAUGGGCCGGAUCGGCACUUUGCAUAAUUGGCGGCAGCAUAUUCUGCUUCUCGAUUGCCGAAAACAAUAAAACUCCAAGGAUGGGAUAUACAUACAACAGAGCAGCUUCCGCGAUGUCUAUUCGAACGAAGGGCUGCAAUGCCUCAGCAGACUUAAAAAUGCCUAGAGCCCCUCCAAAGCACUUCGACAAAAAUGCCUACGUGUAGCCAGAUGUCUCCAAGAGUCAGCCUGUGUUUUUUUUUUAAAUCACAUUUGUGCUGUUCAGUCACAGAAUGAUUUUUAAGGAAGAUUUCUGGUGUUGAUAGCACCAGAAAUAAGAAUAUUUUAUAAAUGAACUUUUACCUACUUGAUGUAAAUUUUCCUCUUCCCUAAUUUUAAGAUUUGUACUGAUGUUAUGCAUAAAUUAUAUAUGUAAAUCAUUUGCCAUUUUUUGCUUUCUGUAAAAAAAAAGAACAUAUUUACAAAUAAGGUCACGUCCUAUUGGUUAUGGCUAAUUGGUGUAGAUCAAGGCACCGCAGGUUAAUUUCUAGAUGGGCACCAGUUUUUCUAGAUGUGUCAUUGAACUUGGGCUCAAUUUGAAAGACGUUACAUAGGAUUGUGUUAUCUAUUUUAUGCCUACUCUGAAGGAAGGCCCAAUGGGUUUAGCGGUGCUUACACUCACGUGUUUCAACAGGAUUGCAGUGUGAGCCAAGUAAACAGAAACACAAUCCAAGUCCUUUAUGCUGUGCAAAAACAAUCCUAAUUUUAGACAUUGGUUCCUAAAACUUCAACCUUAUGGGCUGAAACCUAUCCUUCCUGGAUAGUGUUGAGAUUCUGUCACACAAGGCCAGUCCCUCUCCUUCCAGAAUCUCUGAAACCAGCCAAACUCUCUUGGGGAUAUCAUACCUUUCUCAGCCUGACCUGGCCACAGUGAUCCAUGCGAUGGUCACCUCUAGGCUUGAUUAUUGUAACUCGCUCUACGCGGGGCUGCCCUUGAAACUGACCCAGAAACUCCAGUGGGUGCAGAAUGCCGCAGCGAGACUCCUUACGGGGUCCUCGCCGCGGGAUCACAUUCAUCCAGUGCUUUACCAGCUGCACUGGCUCCCAGUGGAGUACAGGGUCAAGUUUAAGGUGAUGGUUUUGACCUUUAAAGCCUUAUGCGGCUUAGGACCCUCAUACCUGCAGGACCGCCUCUCCCGGUAUUAAGGUCCACAAAUAAUAACACACUGGAGAUCCCGAGUCACAAGGUGAUUAGACUGGCCUCGACCAGGACCAGGGCCUUCUCAGUACUAGCCCCGACCUGGUGGAACGCUCUCUCUCAGGAGACUAGGGCCCAGCGGGAGUUGUCAUCUUUUCGUAGGGCCUGCAAGACAGAGAUGUUCCGCUUGGCCUUUGGACUGACUCAGUCUGACCCCAGUAUUACCCUCCCCUAAGGUUUUAUCCUACAGAUAUUUAAAUGAGGUUCCACUUGUAGAUUCCCAUUUUAAAAUUGAAUUUUAACAUUGUAUUUAAUCUGUAUUUUAAUUGAAUUGUUUCUUUUAUGCUUGUUUUGAUAUUUUUGUUGUUAGCCGCCCUGAGCCCGGUCUUGACUGGGAAGGGCGGGGUA